AUGACGUGCAAUCCCAAAUGGGAUGAAGUUAUGGAAAAUUUACAACCUGGUCAAACUCCGGAGUUUAGACCCGAUUUAGUUGCGAGAGUAUUUCACAUUAAACUCAAGGAACUUUUAAAUGAUAUUUGCAAACGUCAUAUUUUGGGCACACCAGUUGCAAAUGUGUAUGUUAUUGAAUUUCAAAAACGCGGGUUGCCACAUGUCCACAUUUUACUGAUUCUAAAGGUCGACUGCAAACCUAAAGACCCUGAAAGGGUUAAUAAAUUGGUAUCUGCUGAAAUACCGGAUAUAGAAAUUUGCCCAAGAUUACAUGCAAUUGUAACAAGACAUAUGAUUCAUGGACCCUGCGGGGAAGAUAAUUUACAUUCCCCGUGUAUGGCGAAUAGAAAAUGCACUAAGAAAUUUCCCAAACAGUUUCAUGAUGAAACAGUAAUUGAAGGAAAAAGUUACCCCCUUUACCGCCGAAGAAAUACAGGCGAGAUCACAAUUAACAAUAAAAAAAUUGACAAUCGAUGGGUUGUUCCAUACAAUCCAGCCUUAUCUUUAACGUACAAUUGUCACUUAAAUGUUGAGGGCAUGAUUGUGCUAAUAUUACAAUUCGUGAGGAGACUUCUUCAUCAUGAUGAAAUAAAAACAUACAUGGACUCAAGGUAUGUUAGUGCGCCCGAAGGCGCCUGGAGAUUGUUUGGUUUCGAUAUGCACGCUCAGUCGCAUAGUGUUUGUAGAUUGGCUGUUCAUCUGCCAGGAAAACAUAGCAUAUCUUUUAAUCCCGAUAACAUUGCCGCAGCCUGUCAAAAAAAUGAAGAAGGUCUAACAACCCUAACUGGAUGGUUCCAUCUCAACGGCAUAACAAGUGCCGAAAACCAAUGCCUGUAUGCCGACACUCCAAAACACUUUGUCUGGGAUAAGCAAGCUCGAAAAUGGAAAGCUCGGCAAAGAGGUGGUGAAAAAACAAUCGGCAGAAUGUACUCUGUUAGCAUUGCAAGUGACCCAGAGCGAUAUUAUUUGCGUUUACUUCUUUUACAUAUUAAAGGUGCAACUUCUUUUGAAGAUUUACGCACAAUUGAUGGCAUUAUUUGUGAAACAUUUCGCGAAGCCGCAGAAAGAAUGGGAUUGCUGGCAAAUGAUGCAACUUGGGAUAACACCCUGGCAGAUGCUGUGCUUAGCAGCAUGCCAACACAAUUACGUCAGCUUUUUGCCAUAAUUUGUGUCUUUGGUUCCCCACCGAAUGUUGACCAACUUUGGGAUAAGUAUAAAGAAUAUCUGUACGAAGAUUACAGUCGUCACGCCAAUCACAAUUCUGAAUGUGAACAAUGUGAAAACCUUGCAUUGCGUGAUAUUCAAGAUACCCUUAUUACCCAUCGGAAACAAUGCGAAGAUUUCGGUCUCCGAACACCACCAGCAAAUAUUCCUUGCAAUGUAGAAGAUUAUUUUGAUGCGAUAGCAGAGGAAGAACUCGGUGCAAAAAUGGUCGAGUCUUUAAAUCGAGCACAAAAGGCAAGUUUUGAUCAAAUUCUUGAUGCCAUGGCUGACGAAACUUUGCAAAGUCGUUGUUUCUUUCUUGAUGGCCCAGGAGGUAGUGGAAAGACUUAUUUAUACAGAACUUUACUAAGCACUGUUCGUGGCCAGUACGAAAUUGCACUUCCAGUUGCUUCCACCGGAAUAGCUGCAAAUUUAUUGCAAGGUGGCAGAACUUAUCAUUCACAGUUCGAAUUGCCUCUGAACCUUGAUGAAUCAUCAACUUCAAAUAUGAGAUUGACGUCUAAAGAGGCGGAUGUAAUUCGCAAUGCCAAAAUAUUAAUUUAG